CGAAGGGGGCGUGGUUACAGGAUCACUGAAGCACCGCUGCCCGCGCGCUCCGCCACAACAGUCAGCUGGGGAGAGGUAGGCGUGUGCGCGCGCGUGUGCCGACCAACCGGGAAGCGAAGCGCAAGCCGAGCAAGACCCCGUACAACCGCGCAGGCUACAAGCUGAGGAGAUUUCUACCCACUACAUCCAUUCCGUCCCCAUCAUGGCCGACCCAGUGGCUGCGGAGGGCGCGGGGGGCGCACGAGGCUUCGCCAGGCAGGGCGCGCUGAGGCAGAAGAACGUACACGAAGUGAAGAACCACAAGUUCAUCGCGCGCUUCUUCAAGCAGCCGACCUUCUGCAGCCACUGCACCGACUUCAUCUGGGGUUUCGGCAAGCAAGGCUUCCAGUGUCAAGUAUGCGGUUUUGUGGUCCACAAACGCUGCCAUGAGUUUGUUGCUUUCUCCUGCCCUGGAGCCGACAAGGGCCCAGCAUCAGAUGACCCUCGCAGUAAGCAUAAGUUCAAGGUACACACAUACUCCAGCCCUACCUUCUGUGACCACUGUGGAUCUCUACUGUACGGGCUCAUACACCAGGGGAUGAAAUGCGACACUUGUAUGAUGAAUAUUCAUAAACGAUGCGUGGAAAAUGUUCCCAGCUUGUGUGGAACAGACCACACCGAGAGGAGAGGACGGCUGCAUAUCAGUGCUAGUAUAACAAAUAAUGUUCUCACCGUGACCGUCAAGGAGGCUCGUAACUUGGUGCCAAUGGAUCCAAACGGCCUGUCAGAUCCAUAUGUGAAGCUUAAAUUAAUUCCAGACCCAAAGAGCGAGAGCAAGCAGAAGACAAAAACCAUCAAGUGCUCCCUCAAUCCUACAUGGGACGAACACUUCAGCUUUAACCUCAGAGAUACAGAUAAAGACAGGCGUUUGUCAGUGGAGGUGUGGGAUUGGGAUCUGACCAGCAGAAAUGACUUCAUGGGGUCGAUGUCUUUUGGCAUCUCUGAGCUGCAGAAACAAGGUGUCAACGGAUGGUUUAAGUUGCUGGGCCAAGAGGAAGGAGAGUAUUUCAACGUUCCAGUUCCACCAGAUGGAGAGGAGGGCAAUGAAGAACUGCGGCAGAAAUUUGAGAGAGCCAAGAUUGGCCCUGGCAAUAAGAAUACAGAUGGCUCUUCAAAGAAUGACAUCUCUAAAUAUGAUGCCAAUGGCAACAAAGACCGCAUGAAGCUCUCAGACUUCAACUUCAUCAUGGUGCUGGGCAAAGGCAGCUUUGGCAAGGUGAUGCUUGCCGAACGUAAAGGCUCAGAUGAGCUGUACGCAGUGAAGAUCUUGAAGAAGGAUGUGGUCAUUCAGGAUGAUGAUGUGGAAUGCACUAUGGUGGAGAAGAGAGUUCUCGCUCUCUCUGGCAAACCGCCCUUCCUCACCCAUCUCCACUCGUGCUUUCAGACCAUGGAUCGUCUUUACUUUGUGAUGGAGUAUAUCAACGGUGGAGAUUUGAUGUAUCAAAUACAACAAGUUGGAAAAUUUAAGGAACCCCAUGCUGUGUUCUACGCUGCAGAAAUUGCCAUUGGCUUGUUCUUUCUUCAUUCAAAGGGCAUUAUUUACAGAGAUCUGAAACUGGAUAAUGUGAUGUUGGAUGCUGAAGGCCACAUUAAGAUUGCAGAUUUUGGCAUGUGCAAAGAAAACAUGUUUGAUGGGGCCACAACCAAAACCUUCUGUGGCACUCCAGACUACAUUGCCCCAGAGAUCAUUGCAUAUCAACCAUAUGGCAAGUCUGUCGACUGGUGGGCGUAUGGAGUUUUACUGUAUGAAAUGCUGGCAGGACAGCCCCCUUUUGAUGGUGAGGAUGAAGAUGAGCUUUUCCAGUCCAUCAUGGAGCAUCAUGUGUCUUACCCGAAAUCCAUGUCCAAAGAAGCAGUGGCCAUAUGCAAGGGGCUGAUGACCAAGCAUCCAGGGAAGCGCCUGGGCUGUGGACCAGAAGGAGAACGAGACAUUAAGGAACACGCUUUCUUCCGCUACAUGGACUGGGAAAAACUGCAAAGCAAGGAAGUUCAACCCCCCUUCAAACCCAAAGCAUGCGGUCGAGACGCAGAGAACUUUGAUCGUUUUUUCACCCGCCAUCCUCCCGUCCUGACCCCUCCUGACCAGGAAGUGAUUCAAAACCUGGACCAAGAAGAAUUUCAGGGCUUCUCGUUCAAUAAUUCAAAUUUUGUAUCUGUGAAAUCCAAGUAGCCAGUUUUAGCCAAGCUCAAAAUAGGGACCAAUAAGAUUACACGUCUUGAAAUUACAUAGUGUGAAUGAGCCAAUGAGAGAGUUCAACCAGAUUGAUGGAGGAAUGGAGGUCAUUUCCUGCUUACUAUUUCUUAUUUGAUUAAAAGGAUCAAGGAAAGAGACUGACUAACUUCGUUAAUUAACCUAUAAAGAGUGAAUGUGUGGCAGCUUUGCGAUAUUUUGACUAUUUGAUGAUUGGUAUAUCAUGGACUGUAGUGUUAUUGGUUUAAAAAAAAAAAAGAGUAUCUGGAUAAAUCCAGUGUCCUGGUCACAUUU